UCAAACAAGUGACCAUAAAUCCUCAGAAUCGAUCCGGCCCGACAACUGGUGUACGGAUGUACGUAGAAGGAUUUGUUGACGGGAAAUUGAAUUUUAAAACUCCUACAUCUGUGAAGUCCUGGUCGCCGUUAUGGGAACACACUUCUUCCGUUAUAACUAGACCUUAUUCUCUGUUGCAAUUUAAAGUUACUCAGGUCGUCAAGUUUGGCCCAAAUAUCCUUUUGGGCGAGGGCAAGCUUGACGUGUAUUCUAUUAUUGAUUCCCAUGACGGAAAAGUUCCUUUAUGUUGCCUCACUAUCCAAAUUACUAAGAGAGGCCUGAUCACUGGCACGCUCACUGUAAAUUUUGGUCCACUGGAAGUCGACAUUGAGGCAUUCCCGCCCCUAUCAGCUGACGCAGAACAGUCCUCACUUGAAGAAUCUAUAGUUCCGAAUUUUUCGAGUGGGCACAGUGUAGGAGGAAUACGAGGAAUAACUCCUGGUGCGGAGAACGGUGCUGUCGCACUCCCCGCAGUCGAAACCACCGGUGGUCGCAGGAGCCGUUCUCAACACGCCAUCACUGGAAGCAACUUUUGGUCUGAGAUGAUCCGUGUCCUUUUCGAUCCAUCACCUCCACUGACCCCAGAGCCGACCCACUCGAGAUGGGGCAGCGCUGCUCAACCCAACCUCCGUCUCCCCCGUUCUGAUUGGUCGGAUGGUGCAAGUGAAUCCGGACGGCAGAGGGAGAGUCCGCGCUCUGAAGUGUCGUGUGUUGACAACACUGCCCUGCCGGAAGGAUGGGAGCGCAGACUGGAUCCGCACACGAAUCGCGUUUACUUCGUGAACCACAAGAACUGCACCACGCAGUGGGAGGACCCGCGAGAGCGCGGGAUGGACGAGAGCCGGCCUCUGCCGCCCGGUUGGGAGAAGCGCUACACGGCCGCCGGCCAGCGCUACUUCAUCGACCACAACAACCGCACCACCACCUUCAUCGACCCUCGAACUGGCCAGCACGCGGGCUCCCUGGGUUCGAUGGGUGUGCCGGUGCAGUACGAGCGGAACUUUCGGGCGAAGCUGGCCUACUUCAGGGCUCAAUGCUCAUCCCAUCUGCUCAGCGGGCACGUCAAACUGUCCAUUUCUCGAGACGGGCUAUUGGAGGAGUCCUUCCAACAGAUUCAGCGUCUUCCUGCAUCCGAUCUGCGCAAGCGACUGUGCAUCACAUUCCUAGGCGAAGAGGGUCUAGACUACGGAGGCAUUGCACGUGAGUGGUUCCUGCGAGUUUCACGUGAUUUCUUCAAUCCCAUGUUCGGUCUCUUCGAGUACACUGGUGCUCAUUACUCCCUUCAGAUAAACCCCGCCUCUGACGUAGCCAACGUUGCGCACUUGGAUUACUUCCACUUCAUAGGACGGGUCAUCGGCAUGGCCCUUUUCCACGGUCGCUGCAUUGACGGCGGCUUCACGCUCGCCUUCUACAAGGGAAUCCUCGGCCGCAAGGCUUGUCUGCAGGACCUCGAGCUGCUUGACCUGGAGUUGUACUUCAACGGGAACUACUACAAAUUCGACUCCCUGCAGGAAGACGAGCUGAAACCCGGCGGGAAGGAGAUCAAGGUCACUGAAGCCAACAAGCUUGAAUACCUAAAAUUGAUGGUUGAAUGGCGUUUGACUCGCGGUGUAGCAGAGCAAACCGAGGCGUUCUUGAAGGGACUCUUCGAGGUGGUGGAACCCAGUUGGCUGCAGGUGUUCGACGAACGCGAAUUAGAGCUACUUCUUUCUGGAAUGCCGGAACUGGAUGUGGACGAUUGGAAGUCGAAUACUGUCUAUCGAAAGUAUAAUCCCACAUCGAAGCAGAUUGUGUGGUUCUGGAGGUUUGUCCGCAGCCUUGACAAAGAAAAACGCGCUCGGCUGCUCCAGUUCAUCACGGGCACGUGCCAUCUCCCACUGGGUGGGUUCGCUGAGCUAAUGGGGAGCAACGGCAGGCAGCUGUUUUGCAUCGAAAAAACCGGCACCGAGGCAUGGCUCCCGCGCAGCCACACCUGCUUCAAUCGACUUGACUUGCCGCCUUACACCUCCUACGCACAACUUCAAGAGAAGCUGCUUCUGGCCAUUGAGGAGACAGAGGGAUUUGGCCAAGAGUGA